GCGCGCGAGAGAGAGAGAAAGAGAGAGAGAGAGAGAGAGAGAGAGAGAGGGGAAAAAGUUUUGAAGGGAGGCAGGAGUGUGCUGGAAAGCCCUGCAGUCCCGGUUAUAUGUUGCUUUAAAGUUUUUCUUUCCAGUAAAUAUUUUUUUUGUUUUGUUUUGUAUAUAUAUUUUUUCAUUUUAAUAUAUAUAUAUAUAGAUAUAUUAUAGUAUAAUUUUAAACAAAAUAAUGGAGCUGUUUUGCUGCGAGGUAGACACCGUCAGGAGAGCCGGUCCAGACCCAAACCUGCUGUAUGAUGACCGGGUUUUGCUAAAUUUGUUAACCAUAGAAGAACGAUUUCUACCACAGUGUUCUUAUUUCAAAUGCGUCCAGAAGGACAUUCAGCCUUUUAUGAGGAGGAUGGUUGCGACUUGGAUGCUGGAGGUUUGUGAGGAGCAGAAGUGUGAAGAAGAAGUUUUUCCCUUGGCUAUGAACUAUCUGGACAGAUUCUUAGCCGUGGUCCCCACCAGAAAAUGUAAUCUGCAGUUGCUGGGGGCAGUUUGCAUGUUCCUGGCGUCCAAAUUGAAAGAGACAUGCCCCUUAACUGCAGAGAAACUCUGCAUCUAUACUGACAACUCCAUCAAACCUCAAGAGCUGCUGGAGUGGGAACUGGUAGUCUUAGGAAAAUUGAAGUGGAACCUUGCGGCGGUGACUCCACAUGAUUUCAUUGAACACAUUGUGAAAAAGCUGCCCCUACCCAGCGAUAAGCUGCCUUUGAUCCGCAAGCACGCGCAGACAUUUAUUGCCCUUUGUGCCACAGACUUCAACUUCGCAAUGUACCCCCCUUCGAUGAUAGCAACUGGAAGCGUUGGGGCUGCUAUCUGCGGGCUUCAGCUGGACGAUGGAGAACGGACGCUUUGGGGGGAGAACCUGACUGAUCUGCUGGCCAAGAUCACCAACACAGAAGUGGAUUGCCUGAAGGCUUGCCAGGAGCAGAUUGAGUCAGUGCUGGUGAGCAACCUGAGGCAGGUCCGUCAACAGCAGCAGCAGCAGCAGCAACAGCAGGGGGGAGGCAGCAAGGCAGUGGAGGAACUAGACCAGGCCGCCACCCCGACAGACGUCCGAGACAUCAACCUUGGAGAAACUAGAUACAACAAAGAGAAACUACUCCAAGGCCAGGGUGUGGACGCGCCUUUGUCUGAAAACGGGCUGAGGCAGGCAGAAGCUGCAGGCGUUUACCUACGAGAUGUGCACUUCACAAAUGUGUUCUCAAGUGAUCUCCAGCGUGCAAAGCAGACUGCUUCUAUAAUUGUUGCACACAACAAUCAUUGCCCGGGAAUAAAAAUAGUCUGUGAUCCAAAACUGCGUGAGAGAAGUUUUGGGAUUGCAGAAGGGAAACCUGUGAAGGAUAUGAAGAACAUGGCAAAGGCUGCAGGCCAGCAGUGUCCUCGUUUUACUCCUCCGGGGGGAGAGACUGAAGAACAGGUACAGUCUCGAGUGAAAGAUUUCAUGGAUUCACUCUGCCAGCAGAUUGUGGCCCAGCACGCUUCACAAUGCAGCCAAGGAAAGGAAGGAUUAGAGACGACCCACAAUAGUCUGGGGGAUACUUGUGGAAGUUCGUCCUCAGCCACAAACUGCUCUGAGUUACAUGAAGCCUCUGCAGACGCUGUAGAUGGAGCUGUGGACCUGCAGGUGCAUGUUCUGGUGGUCAGCCACGGCACCUACAUGAGGAACGUGGUGAAGUAUUUGGUGGAAGAGCUCCAGUGUACAUUGCCUCAGAGCUUGAAGAUGUCUCACGUAUUCUCAGCCUGUCCUAACACAGGGAUGUGUCGAUUUCGCAUUGCUGUCGAUCACAGUACUGGACUCUCCCCGUGCGUUGAUUGCGUUUUUAUUAACAGAAAUGACCACUUUGGAUCCCUGGAUACGCAUGAGUAGCUAGAUGGGUUUGUGUUAUAAAGUGUCUCAGAGCCCUGUGUCCAAAGAGCUACUCAGUCAGAGUACCUGGUAGUGAAAGUGCAAAGUGGAAACUUCCUUUCCACACCCCACCCCCCUCUAAUCCUCCUAACGGAGGCCUGUCAGUCCCAAUGCCCAUUCACUCUGCCACCAGGUCACAGUCUAACAUUGAUAUUACAUUAGGUUUAAACUGCCUUACUUGCCUGAGAUUAACAAGUAGUUUUGGGCCAUGCCAUGAAAAUGUACCGUUUGUUAUAUGUGAGCAAGUCACAAGUAAUUAAAGACAUUGAUAGAGACGUCUGUAAAAUAAUUUUCCUAGUUUCAUUUAAUAUUGCUACAUCAAUAUUUAACGGCAGCCCAUCACCACACACAUAUUGGGCAUUUCAUUACUAUGAUAUCAAAGACUACCAUGGAUAGUUUAACAAAAGUACUAUUUUGUGGAAUAGCCCUAACUCGGGUAUGGGUUAGGGUAGUUUAGUUCAAAGACAAUCUUUACCAGACUUCAAUCUUCUAGGAAAGGCUUGUUAGAAAAUAACGGUUUGAAUUUGCAUAGGUUACAAACAUACAUGAUUUAUUCUGAUGUGUACUGAAGGAUUUAAGCCUGUUCUCAGCCUGUUUCAUUAGGCAUGAUGAUCUGAGUUGGUUUAUUAGUUCACUGUUUAUUUUUUUACUGGAUUGUUGUUUGUGUUUUCAUUGUUUGAAACAUACCGUCCUCACAGGGAAAAAUGAUUGCCUGCUUAUAAAAUAUUAACACAAUUACAGUGUUUGACCACUAGGUAGCAGUAGAAUCAAAAGUAAACUGAAUAUUUAAAAAUCUUUUUGCACUUAUUUAGGAUGUGCCAUGCAUUGAUACAUUUUUAAGUUAUUACAUUUUUAGGCAUAUUAAAUACAAAACAAAAUACCAGAACAAAUCUCUACAGACAAUUAUUAAUGUCAAUUAGUAUUAAAAAGGGCAGCGUCCCUUCUAUCUUUGCUUAGAACAGUAAUUUAAACAUGUAAACAACAUUGCAUUACUGAAGAAGGGUUACUGCUUUAUUAAAAACUUGCAUUGUUACUAUCUCCUUUUUUAUAAGGUGGUAAUAAAAAUUGGAGUUAUUUAUAUUCAA